AUGACCGACUUUGGCUUCAACUUUCUCGGGAAUGUGCUCAACAUCAAAUGGAAGCACCAUGGCGUCUUCCGUCGGUUUGCUCUGAGCUAUGAGCCAAAUAAGAUCUUCGAGGCGUUGAUGAAGAAAUGUGACGAGCUGGUGUCCACCAAUGACUUUGGUCUUGCUUGGAUCGAUGAGGAGGGCGAUCCUAUCUGUAUCAAUUCGGAGGCUGACAUUUUGCUUGCAAUUCAAGGAAUGAAUGCCCAACUGCUUCGCAUUCAUUCGAUCCAAAAGGAUAAAACACCUCGUCCGCCAGCUGAGGGCAAUGCCCAUCCCGGUGUUCAAUGCGAUCUCUGUGAUGCAUUCAUCAUCGGUACCCGCUUCAAGUGUAUUCUCUGUGCCGAUUACGAUCUGUGCCAGAAGUGUGAGACCACCGGAGAGCACAAACAUCACGCAAUGCUUCGCAUCGUUGAUCCAAAUGAGACAAUCAUUCCAUGGGGAGGACGUCUGAGAGCUCGUCCAGGAGCUUGCCCAAUGGGUGAGGGAGGAUGGAGACGCCGUCAUCAUGGAGGAGGUCCAUUUCAUCAACCCGGUCUUUUUGAUCAACAGCGUCGCCAUGUGGAUCAGGCACGCAAGAAGAUGGAGGAAACUCGUGAGGAGUUCAUGAAGCAUAUGGAAUCGGAUGAGUGGAAGAAAACCUGCAAGAAUGGACUCGAUUUCCUCAACAAUGUCGGCUCCCAGAUUCAACAAGCGCUUGCUAACUUCGGAAUUGACGCCACAGUCGAGUCAAUGGAUGUUCGUCCACCGGCUGACACUGAGAACAAGGACAAAGAGAAGACAGCAGAGCAACAGCAAGAAGCUCCAAUGGAAACUCAGAACGCACACUUCAAUAUCCACGAGUUCAUUCACCCGUCGAACGGAUCGAAUGUCGAGCUUCUCGAACCUACUCAAAAUUUGCCUCAAGAAACGUUCCAGCCAAGUGCCCCAAAGGAGCAGCCACAUCAACAGCCACAACAACAACAAACACCACCCAACCCGGCCCGUUUGCCCGAAGUGAUUCCUCCACAAGAAAUGCCAACUCCAUCGAUUCCGAUGCUUCAGGCUAUUCCACUUCCAGCACCUCAACCAAUUCCAUACGCUGUUCCGAUGCCACCACCGCCUUUCGCCCCAACCCAAAAUCCCAUGUGGCACCCGCACCAAUUCCCGAUGGGGCAUCCCAUCCUGCCUUUCGGAGCUCCACAGCAGGCACCAAACGCUCCUUACCAAGCUCCAGUGAGGGAUCUACACGUGACUGCUACUCUUCACGGUGCCAUCCCUACAGCGCAAGCCUCCCAAAAUGUUCCCGCUCCUGAACCUGCAGUUGCCGUACCUCGAGUUGAAACCCGUGAAGUCGGAGAUUGGGUGUUCGGGGAUGUCUACCCCCAAGUCGCUCAACGUGAACCACUCACGGACACCCAGAAGAAAACUUAUGAACAACUCGUUCGCAUGGGUUUCCCCAACAGCCGCCGUGCCGAAGAUGCCGCUCGCCGCUUUGCUGCCGACAUCAAUGGAGCCAUCGACUACCUGUCCAACUUAAGCCUCGAC